UUAUCUUUUAAGCUAAAGUGCGUUAACGCAUUUUGGCAUGCACGCAGUACUGCUUGCUUCCCAAGGGAACACGUGCUAUGCAGUACACGUUCUAAGCAGUUUCGUAACCAGGUCUGCCCUUGGUGACUGGCCACAGAGAGCCAUGGUCCUGAAGAUCUUUUUCCCUCAGUGCUGCAACCUGGCAGAUAGCGGGCUCCUGGUGGGCCGCUGGCUCCCGGGGCAGCAGUCUGCCGUGGUCCUGGCCGUCAUACACUUCCCGUUCAUCCCAGCGCAGGUGAAGAACUACCUGGGAGAGCUGCGAAGCCAGACCCAGGUGGAUCUGGCAGUGCUGGGUUCCUGGAGCCUGCCGAAGGAUGGCCAGGAGGGUAUGGACAGUUUCCUCGAGGACCUGAGCGCCAUCUUCCCCCGGGGUCGCUGGCUGAAGCUGAGCAGGGAGGUUGGGAGGCGGGGCUUCAGCUGUCAGGUGGUGCGCAGAGACACGCCUCCUGCCCCAGAGGGUGCAGGUGAUGAUACUGACUGUGACGCAGAAGACAAGGUGAUCUUCAUCCACUAUGACCAGAGGAAGGUCAUGCUGGCAGAGCUGCACGAUGCUGACGGGCAUGACCCGGGCGCCCAGGCGGGACCUUCGGAGCUGCACGAGCUCUUCUGGACCGUGGCUCAGAGCCAACCCCUGUACCACCUGGACCGGUACGACGAUGGGCCCCUGAAGCUGACGCACUGGCAGUCGGACGGCCGGGAGGCCAGCAUCGUGGCGGAGCUCGUGAAGCAGGCUUCUGUCCCUGUCUGCCUUCUGUUCACCUGCAUGCUGUCGCUCUGGAACCGGCUGCUGAACGCCAGCAUCUUGAACGUGUGGCCUGUGCGUUUCGUGUCCAGUAAAUUGUCCACUUGCGUCCAGCUGAGUUACAGAACGGACCAUCUUCAGACCAUCAGUUCCCCAUCGAGGGCUGUGCGGCACACAGAAUUCAUGAGAAAAGCGAACAUCUUCGUGUCCUUCCUAUUGGAUGUUGCGCUUGGUCUCCUGCUUGUCUCCUGGCUCUACAGAGAGAACCGGAUUGGCUGGCUGGCUAACACUCUCGUGCCAGCGGCAGAUCAUGUUGCCAAAGAGCUCCAGGAGCUCCUGCAGUGGCUGAUGGGAGUACCAGCAGGCCUAAAGAUGAACCGGGCUCUGGACCAGGUGCUGGGCCGCUUCUUCCUCUACCACAUCCACCUGUGGAUCAGCUAUAUCCACCUCCUGUCACCCUUCAUCGAGAUGAUUCUGUGGUACCUGGGACUCACGGCCUGCCUGGGGCUCACCUUCGCCCUGUCAGUGCUGUCCGACAUCGUGGCCCUGCUGACCUUCCACAUCUACUGCUUUUAUGUGUACGGAGCGAGGCUGUACUGUCUGAAGAUCUACGGGCUGUCGGCGCUGUGGCGUCUCUUCAGGGGGAAGAAGUGGAACGUCCUGAGGCAGCGUGUUGAUUCGUGCUCCUACGACCUGGACCAGUUGUUCAUUGGCACCCUGCUUUUCACCAUCCUGCUGUUCCUGUUGCCCACAUCGGCACUCUACUACCUGGUGUUCACUCUGCUCCGCCUGGUGGUGGUGCUGUUUCAGGGUGUGAUACACCUCAGCGUGGACCUGAUCAACUCCUUCCCGCUGUUUGCUGUGGGACUGCGGGUCUGUCGCCCCUACAGACUGGCUGAAGGUGUGAAGUUCAGGGUGUUGUGCAAGGAGUCGGGGAAGCCUCUGCAUCUCAUGAUGGAGAUUAACCCGCUGAAGCUGAGCAAAGUGCUGAAGUCCUACAGAAUGCCGACCUACAGCUGCUACCCCAGAGACUCCUGGUGGGCCCUGUGCAAGAAGCUCUUUGUGGGGGAGUUGGUCUAUCCCUGGAGGCACAAGGGCAGUAAGGCCGACUGAGCCCUUUCAGGGAGGGGGUCAGGUCGGCCCUGGGGGUAGCAGGCAACAAAACACCAGCAAACACUGAUAGGACCCCUGGCUGCGAGGCGUCCUGUCAGCUGUCCCAGAUGGGCUUUUUAAUUUGGCUCUUUCUAGUGGAAUGAGUACUGUCCAUCCCGACAGUGUGAUGUCACUGGCAAUCACUCAUAGUGGGAAUCUACAUAACAGGAUACUGCUGCACUGUCUAGUUUUUAAACCUUAAAUGCAUUUUGCCAAAUUCUAACUUAAAAGUUAUUUCCAUCUUUUUGAAUAUUCUGUUUAGAUUUUUAGUGGGGUUUUUUCUUUUGAGAAUGACUUUUGUACUAAAAGUGCAAGAGGGAGAAGCAUUUGUUCCAGAAAUACUGGAUUUUUCUAGGGACAUAGAACCACUGGCUAGAACCAAUGAGAUGAUUCAUUAAUUUUAUUACUUGAUUAUUAAGGAUUGAAUGUUGGUUCUGCUGCAUUCCAUCCUCCUUUGGUAAAGCCUGGGCUCCCAUACAGACCUGCUGUGAGCUCCUGAUGGAGUUCGCUGACAGGGCCACCCACAGCUCUGAAACUGACUCGCAAGAAGUGAGUCAGCUGUGUGUGUGGUUUUUUUUUCAUUAAUGAAUAUUCAAUGACAGAUUCCUGUUUUGUGUGCAGUUGUUAGUCAACCAAUCAUUAUGCAUUCAAACAUGCUAAAGAAUGUCUUAUAGAAAUCAAAAUGUCAUAUGACCAUGACUGUUUGUGAAAAAAAUUCCUACUUGAUUAGAAAUUUUGAUGAUAAAGUAAAUUAGAUUGAUUCCCUCCCCCUUGGACUUUGGUGGACAUAAAUAAAAAUUUCUGAAAGAAAAAGUUUA